AUGGCCCUCACUCUCCCUCGUGGCCUCAGCCUGGUAAAACUCACCGUCAUUUUCGCCGUCAUACUCUGCCUUGUCUUCUUCAAAUCUCUCUUUUUACCGUCGUCGGGAGUCUCCCCCUACAACCUUGCCCCGGCCGCCGAAUCCUGGUGGCAUGGCUUCAAAGGCGACUCCUCCGCUGCCGUCAGCGACGUCGAUACCGAGCUAGACUAUUCCCAGCUGCAAGAUGUCGACUUGACGUCUGAAAUCACCGACUUCGAAGACCCUGUGCCUGCGCCGUCGUCAGCAUCCUCCGCGGGUGAAGCCAAAGGAACUGCGCCGCGUCCGACUGCGCCUGGCCGCAUGUACAAGCCCUUCGAUCCCUCCGUACCAGCAUGCCGACAACUUCCCGGCGCAGACAGGGUCGUGGUGAUUGUCAAGACGGGCGCCACGGAGGUAUUCGCACGGCUCCCCCAACAACUCAUCACUCUGGCCGCGUGCGUACCCAACCUCAUGAUAUUUUCGGACAUGGAGCAAGAUGUAGGACAAUUCCAUCUGUACGAUGCAUUGGAUGAGAUUGGCCCAGAAUACAGAGACCACCAUGAAGAUUUUGACUUCUACCACGACAUCCACAGAGCCCACGCAAUGCACGGCGACGUGAGUCUUCUGGGUUCCCAGAAGGGGUGGAACUUGGACAAGUGGAAGAACAUUCCCAUGCUACACAAAGCCUACACUCAAUAUCCCAAGGCCGACUGGUUUGUCACCAUCGAUGCAGACACAUACCUCGGCUGGACGAACCUGCUCUUGCUUCUCAACCGCCUCAAUCCCGAAGACCCUCUCUACGCAGGCUGCGUCUACUGGCACGGCCCGACUCAGUUCGCCCAAGGUGGCACCGGUUACCUCUUGUCCCGCAAUGCCGUCGAGAAAUUCGAAGCCAUCCGCACUCCCGAAAGGAUUGCCGACUGGGAGAGAGAGACAUCCACCAUCUGCUGCGGCGAUGUCAUGCUCGGAGUUGCCAUGGGCCAGGCCGGGGUCGACGUGAGGGGCUCGUGGCCCAUGUUCCAAGUCGAGCCGCCAUGCUCCCUCAGCUGGACCCCUCCGUACUGGUGCUCGCCCGCCAUUACCUGGCACCAUGUGCAUACCUACGACAUCCAGGCGCUCUGGGAGUUUGAAAAGACAUGGAUCAACCGGACGUGGACCGAUGAGAAUCCGGGCUCAGUACCAUACCUCUAUAAAGACGCUUUUGAGUAUUUUGUGCAACCGAACAUUGCGGAUAAGAAACUCGACUGGAACAAUUACUCGGGUGACAAAAUUUUCACGAAACCCGCCGAAGACCACGUCAAGGAAGAACACGAUUGGGACCACAAAAGUGACGAGGAGAAGCAGCAGAUGUGGGAUGAGCUGAAUGAGCUUCAGAAACACUCCGUUGAAUCCUUUGACGCUUGCCGCGCCGCGUGUUUGGACGACGGUGAUUGCAAGCAGUUUUCAUGGCAUCCCGGCACCUGUAAGCUGAAUGAAUCCAUCAAAGUCGGUCACGCUGUCGAAACCUCCGAGGAGUAUGCGUCCGGUUGGGUUCUCGAGAGAGUCCAGGCGUUCAAGGAAUCUCAGGGAACUUGCGAAGAACCUCGAUUUUCCAUCGAUUGA